AUGUGGAGGGAAAAAGGUAUUAGUCUUAUAUGUGAUGGAUGGACAGAUGCACAAAGACAACCGUUGAUUAACUUUAUGGUUGUUUCUGAAGGUGGAGUUGUUUUCUUGAAAGCCGUCAAUUAUGAAAAGGAAUACAAGGAUAAGUUUUACGUGACAACUUUAAUUAAAGAUGCCAUAAGUGAGGUUGGGGCACAAAAUGUUGUUCAAGUAAUAACCGAAAAUGCAUCAAUUUGUAAAGACGUGGGAUCAUUAGUAGAGACACAACAUCCUCAUAUCUUUUGGACACCUUGUGUGGUACAUACUAUUAAUCUUGCUCUUAAAAAUAUAUGUGCUGCAAAAAACAUCGAAAAGAAUGAGGUUACAUAUGAUGUUUUGUGUUGGAUAAAUAAUGUUGGUGAUGAUGCUAUCUUUAUAAGAAACUUCAUAAUGAAUCACUCUAUGAGGUUGGCAAUAUUUAAUUCUUUUGUGCCUUUGAAACUACUUACUGUUGUGGAUACUUUAUUUGCUUCUACGAUUGUGAUGUUAAAAAGAUUCAAGCUCAUUAAACGGGGUCUCCAAAAUAUGGUAAUUGGUGAUGAAUGGUCUACUUAUAGAGAAGAUGACAUUUCCAAAGCCUAUUUGGUGAAGGAAAAAAUUUUGGAUGACCUUUGGUGUGAUAAGGUUGAUUAUAUCCUUACUUUUACGGAACCUAUAAAUGAUAUGCUUCGAAUUAUGGACACAAAUAAACCUACUCUUCACUUGGUUUAUGAGAUGUGGGAUGAAAUGAUCGAAAAAGUGAAUACAAGCAUUUAUAAGCAUGAAAGGAAGAAAGGAGAUAAGAGAUCAACCUUUUAUGAAGUCGUAUAUGAUAUUCUUAUUGAUCGGUGGACUAAGAGUAGUACACCACUUCAUUGUAUGGCUCAUUCUUUAAAUCCAAGUGAUUGGCUUAAUGAGGUUCCAAAUCACCUUCCUCCACAUAAAGAUGUAGAAAUCUCAGAGGAAAGGAAUAAAUGCUUAAGAAGAUAUUUUCCUUCUACCGAAGAAAGGAAUAUGGUUUUCCAAGAAAAAACUCUUCAUUAUAAACGAGAGAACAAGAUGUGGGAUAUUAGAGGUGAUGUAUUUGACUCAUUUGAAGGAGUUGGAAUUCUUGGAGUUGCUAGCUUAUCUCUUGAUGAACCGGAUAUGGAGAUGGUAAUUUUUGCCAAUGAAGAAGAAGAUAUGGAAAAUGCUAAUGCUAUGAAUUGA